ACUGCUCCAACCACAACUACUCUUGCACCAACCACUACAACGACAGAACCAACCACAACUAUUCUUGCACCAACCACAACUACAACUGCCCCAACCACAACAACUACUGCUCCAACUACAACUACUGCCCCAACCACAACUACUGCUCCAACCACAACUACUACUGCUCAAACUACGACUACUGCAUCAACUACAACUACUCCAACCACAACAACUGCUGCUCCAACCACAACAACUACUGCUCCAACUACAACUACUGCUCCAACCAAAACUAAUGCACCAACCACUUCAACUACUGCUCCAACUACAACUACUGCCCCAACAACAACUACUACACCAACCACUACAACUACUGCUUCAACUACAACUGCUCCAACCACAACAACUGCUGCUCCAAUCACUACAACUACUGCCCCAACCACAACAACUACUGCCCCAACAACUUCUACUGCUCCAACCACAACUACUGCACUAACCACUACAACUAAUGCCCCAACUUCAACAACUACUGCACCAACCACUACAACUACUGCACCAACCACAACAACUACUGCCCCAACAACUUCUACUGCUCCAACCACAACUACUGCACCAACCACUACAACUAAUGCCCCAACUUCAACAACUACUGCACCAACCACUACAACUACUGCACCAACCACAACAACUACUGCUCCAACCACUACAACAACUGCUCCAACCACAACUACAACUGCCCCAACCACAAUAACUACUGCUCAAACUAAAACUACUGCAUCAACUACAACUCCUACAACCACAACAACUGCUGCUCCAACCACUACAACUACUGCUCCAACCACUACAACUACUGCCCCAACCACAACAACUACUGCCCCAACAACAACAACUACUGCUCCAACCACAAAUACUGCACCAACCACUACAACUAAUUCUCCAACUACAAUGACUACUGCACCAACCACUACAACUACUGCUACAACCACUAGAACAACUGCUCCAACCACAACUACAACUGCCCCAACCACAAUAACUACUUAUCCAACUACAACUACUGCCACAACAACAACUACUGCACCAACCACUACAACUACUGCUCAAACUACAACUACUGCAUCAACUACAACUGCUUCAACCACAACUACUACUGGUCCAACUACAACAACUACUGCAUCAACUACAGCUGCUCCAACCACAACUACCACUGCAACCACAACUACUGCACCAACCACUACUACUACUGCUUCAAUCACAACUGCUCCAACUACAACGACUACUGCGUCAACUACCACUGCCCCAACCACAACAACUACUGCUCCAAGUACUACUUCUGCCCCAACCACUACAGCUACAAAAACAACUACUCUUGCACCAACAACUACAACUGCAACAACCACUACGACUGCUCCAGCCACUACAACAACAACUGCUCCAACCACAACUACUACUGCUCCAAAUACAAAAAGUACUGCAUUGACUACAACAACUAUUGCACCAACCACAACUACUACGGCUCCAACCACAACUACUGCCCCAACCACAACUACUGCUCCAACCACAACUAGUGCCCCAACCACAAAAACUACUGCUCCAACCACAACGACUGCACCCACCACUAGAACUACUGCCCUAACCACGACUACAACUGAUCCAACUACAACAACGACUGCUCCAACCAUUCCAACUACUAUAUGA